CCCAAUGGAGCCUUCUGAAGAACCUAGUCAGAUUAGCAAAGAUAACUUUUUAGAAGUUCCUAAUUUAUCUGAUUCUCUUUCUGAAGAUGAGGAAGUUAAAGCUACUUUCAAACCUGGCUUCUCCCCUCAACCUAGUAGACGAGGUUCUGAUUCUUCUGAAGAUAUAUACCUGGACACUCCAUCUUCAGGUGCAAGAAGAGUUUCAUUCGCUGACACCUUUGGAUUCGAUCUUGUGUCUGUCAAAGAAUUUGAUUGCUGGGAUUUACCAAGUGUUUCAACUGGUUUUGACUUAAGGAAGGACAUUUUUCACACAGAAGAAUAUGUUUUAUCUCCACUAUUUGAUUUGCCUUCUUCAAAAGAAGAUCUUAUGCAGCAACUUCAAGUACAGAAAGCAAUACUGGAGUCAACUGAGUAUCCUCCUGGGUCUACAAGUAUGAAGGGCAUUAUUCGAGUUUUGAAUAUUUCUUUUGAGAAGUUAGUAUAUGUGAGAAUGUCCUUGGAUAACUGGCAGACACAUUAUGACAUUUUAGCAGAAUAUAUCCCAAAUUCAUGUGAUGGUGAAACUGACCAGUUCUCCUUUAAGAUUUUAUUGGUACCCCCUUAUCAAAAAGAUGGCAGUAAAGUUGAAUUUUGUAUACGUUAUGAAACUUCUGUUGGUACAUUUUGGUCAAAUAAUAAUGGCACAAAUUAUAUAUUGAUUUGUCAAAAGAAAGAACAAGAGCCGGAGCCUGUAAAACCACGGGAAGAAGUUCCUAACAGACAAAUAAAAGGCUGUUUAAAGGUAAAAUCAAGUAAAGAAGAAUCAUUAGUAACAUCAGAUGACAAUAACUUUGAGAAUUCAAAGAUUACAGAUACCUAUAUCCCAACAAUUGUUUGUUCUCAUGAGGACAAGGAUGAUUUGGAAACCAGUAAUCAAAAUGUAAAAGAUGUAAACAGGGAACAUGAUGAAUGUAAUGAAAAAGAACUAGAGUUGAUGAUAAAUCAAUGUUUAAUAAGAAGUACUGCUUCCAGAGAUGAAAAGAAUACAUUCGCAAUAGAUCCGGUCAAUUUUCCGAAUAAGGCUGAGGGGUUAGAGAAGAAGCAAAUCCAUGGUGAAGUACACCCUGACUUGUUUAAAAAGCCUUUGUCUCCAAGUUCAUCAGCAGAAAGCUCCUUAAAGGGAGAUUUUUACUACAAUGAAAAAUAUUCCUCAGAAAAUAAGUGUAGACAACAACCUUCAGAGGAAAUUACUUCAGAUAUAGGAGAAAUCAAGCCACCAUUGGGAGAUACUAGUAGUGAUGAAAUAGUGCAAUUACAUAUUGGUGGCAAAGAAGUACUGGAUGAUAAUGCUAAUCCAGCCAAAGGGAGAGGCAGAGUGCAAAUAUCAUGUCCCUCCUCAGAUCAACAAGUCACAGACAAUCUUACUAAAAAACAUGAAGGAAGAGCUGAGAAAAUUGCAAUAAAGGAUUGGGAAUGUUUAAGAAGAGAUUUCCACUUGGAUUUCCAUUCAGAAGAAUCAAUGGAAAAAGGAUCUUCUAAGAAAGAUUAUGGCAAUGGUAAGACUGAGGAGGAGGAGCAAAGAAUACAUUUAGGUGUUAACGUAAAACAAAGCAAAAAUUUUCAUUCAAUCUUACACGACCAAGAAAGGAAGAUGGGCCACUCUGAAAUCAGUAUGGAAGGGACAGGAGCUAGCAACAGAGACCUAACUGUUCUGCUGAGUAAAGAUACCACAAUUCCUGACCAGGCAAUCACAGCAGAUAUGUUUCAUUCACCAAAGAUAAGUCUAAAUUGGGAAAAAGCUGUAAUAACAACUUCAGAGAGUGAUCUCUUGACCAGCAAAGGCACUACUUUAGGAGGGAUGCCUGGUCAAGUUUGUUCACCAAGAAGUGGAAAUGUUUUGAGGAAUGAUUGCCUUUUCCAAGUUGAAGAAGAAAAAUCAGAUUGGAUCAAUCCUGACGAUCAUAAUAAGAAUGCACGACAGAAACAAAGUUGGAAUGUUCUAGAAAGUCGGAGAAAAGCAAGAGAGAGUAAGACAAAUAGAACAGAACAGAUCAAGGAACAAGCAGAUUGUGAAGACAUGUGGGGAAAAAGAGAUAAUACAAGGAGUUUGAAAGCUACUCCGGAAGAAUUGUUUACCUGCCAAGAAACAGUGAGCUGUGAACUGUCUUCUCUAGCUGAUCAUGGUGUUACUGAGAAAGCAGAAGCAGGUACAGCUUAUAUAAUUAAGACAACAUCAGAAAGUGCUCUAGAAAGCAUGUCUGCUGGAGAAAAAGCAAUAAUUGCUAAGCUACCUCAAGAGACAGCACGAAGUGACAGGCCCAUCGAGGUAAAGGAAACAGCGUUUGAUCCACAUGAAGGGGGAAAUGAUGAUUCACAUUAUACCCUUUGUCAACGAGAUACAGGAGGUGUAAUCUAUGACAAUGAUUUUGAAAAGGAAUCACGUUUAGGUAUUUGUAAUGUACGUGUAGAUGAAAUGGAGAAAGAAGAAACCAUAUCUAUGUACAAUCCCGGGAAGACACAUGACAGGAAGAAACAUGGCAUUGGAAAUAGCACAUCUGUAGAAGAAUCCUUACAGGUCAUUACAGGCAAUCAAAAAGCAGCCUCAGAACUGGAUUUACAUUUGGGAAUGUUACCAAAAGACAAAAAAACAUUUCCAGAAAAUAGAGAUCAUAAACAGGUCCAAGAAUUACUAAAGAAAACAGAUAGAGAUGCUGUAAUUCACUCUGCUUUAAACUCAGACACUAACAGAGCUUCUCAGAAUGGCUCUCACGUUUCCAAUCACCAUGCUAAAACCUCAGUGCCAUCUCAUGAACGGGCAAUUGCUGUAGAGAAUAUAAUUACUACCAUGACUCUCCAAUCUAUUUCUACUAAAUCAGAAUAUAAUUGUAAUCCGACAAGUGAAAUCCAGGGUAUUGAGAAGCACCCUCAUCUAAGGUCUAUACCUGAAGAAGUUUCCAAAAGUUCAGGAACAGAGACCUCAGGUAGUAGCAGGGAAAGAUUUAAAAGCCAGAUUUUUCAACAAGGAGAACGCUGUGUGGAAAAAUCUCUACAGCCAAUGAUUUUUGUCAGUGAAGCUGUUGAGAAUGUGGAAGAGGCAAGGCAUGAAAAUGAAGGAUUAGCCUCUGGACAAUCACUGUGCUCUUCAGGUGACAAGGAAUCCGAGAGCUCUGCUUCUGCUAGUCUCCCUGCCCAGGAAGGUCAAACUGAAAGCAGCAAAUCUCUGCUUUCGAAAUACACCAACUCUAAAGUACCGUAUGUUCUUUUGUUUCUGAUAUUUCUUGUAACCAUCUACCAGUAUGACUUAAUGAUUGGCCUGGCAUUCUACCUUUUUUCACUGUACUGGCUAUCCUGGGAAGGGGGGAGACAAAAAGAGUCUGUCAAAAAGAAGUAACCUCACCACUAUUAUUAUUUUCUCAUAAAAGAUAAGCUUUUUAGCCCCAAACAUUUGGAUUGGUGAAAGAGACUAUUCAUUGUUCAAAGAGCCAGUGCAGUUUUUCUCUUGAAGGAUCAUUUAAAAAGGAAUGCGUAUGAAGUUUGCUCCUUCAUAUAAGUAAUUAUUCUAUAUAGGACCAUUAUGUUUGGAUCAUUAAAUACCUAUAUGAAUAUGAGAUCUGAAGCACGUCAAGUUGAAAUUAGGUACAGCUGUUGCUCCUUAGCAGGCUGUGAAGUUGCAAUGCUUCACGUCUCUUCACUACUUAAAGUGCCAUUUCUUGCAUUCAUUUCUUUUGCAGUAAAGCUUCAUUUUUUUCCCCUAGAGUAUUUUUCCUUCUAUGGUUUUUUAAAAAAUAGAUAAAACAUGAACAAUGGCAGAAGACUUUUUCUUUUUUCGUCUUUUGGUAUUGACCAUGAAAUUUGCAUUUAUCCCUGUAUCAUUUAUCAGCACAUUUUGAUAGAUCAAAUAUUUCAAUUUCGAUUUCAUAUUUUUAAGAACAACACCCAUGUAUAUUGAAAUG